GGCAAAUACCGCUCGGAAGGAGAUUCCGUUCCCUAAAAAUGUGGUUUGUUUUCAGAAGUUAUGGCAUCAAAGGAUUGCAAAACUAUAUCCGAAAACAUGUGGUUUUGGCCAAACAUUUCGAGUCAUUACUCGCCAAAGACGAUCGUUUCGAGUUGACAGCACCGGUAGAGCUGAGUCUCAUUUGUUUUAGACUA